CUUGGGCGUUUUACGUUUUGCUCAGAUUUUUUCAAGACCUGUGGCAGUAAACUGUAUGCUAGAUUGAAAACAACGGCUUCCAGACAUGAAGGAACUGGCGCUUCUUGCACUUCUCGUUCUGGCCAUUUCUGUUUUGGCAGAUUCGUCGGGUUCAGGAACACACAACGGCUCGGAACAAGAGGAUAUUUCAAACACUGGUAGUCUUAACACGCAAAACUCCAAUCCUGGUAGUCUAGACACGCAAAACUCCAAUACUGGUAGUCUAGACUCGCAAAACUCCAACACCGGUAGUCUAGACACGCAAAACUCCACAACUGUAGAACCGGGAAACACUGCACAGCAAACGAACAACGCUAGCAGCCGACCCAGACCGCGACAAAGACCGCGACAAAGACAAAAUAACAGACACAAAUGGCGUCACUGGCGAAGAAACAGACAUCGUGGCAAUACGGCAGCAACCAGACAUACCUCAAGUAGGAACCAGGAAAAUAAUUCAAGUUUUGGACAAACUAGGAAUUCGCCUUUUCAGGAUGCACAGACGGCACACAAUUUUCUGACCAGCAAUCUUCAAACUCGGGUGACAAGAAAUGAACGAACACGUGAAAACAGAGCGCUGAAUGCCGAUAUGGCUGAAACUAUGUGUGAAGUUUUCAACAAACAUUUUUACCCGAACGCUCUUGGUGGACGGUGUCUUUAAAAAUUUGACAUUCGGUUUUCAGUGUUCAUCGGUCCUUAGACAACGACUAGCGUCACCAUUUAGAAGAAAGAGAGAGAAAAAAAAACCCAACCCAAGAACGAUUAUUAUUUACUCUGAUGACAAAAUUAUUAAUCUGUAAAAUAAUUCAUUAAACAGUAUGAAUACAUUCAUCAUGCCAAAAAUAAAA